GAGCCGAAGUUAUCACAUGUGUUUUGGUGUCGGCGAGGCGAGGCACGUGGCUCGCCAGCUUUUCGGGGACUCAAUAUUUAAGCUUCUCAUUAGUUUAGCGCCGAUCUAUUCUGCUAUCUAAGGCUCGUCGUCCGUCAGUUUUCACAUCAAGGCACAAUGGUUCUCAAAAAAAAGAAGACAAAGCGAAUGACCUUGAAGCUGAAGUACAAGAUCCAGAAGAAAGUCAAGGAACACCACAAGAAAUUAAAGAAAGAGAAGAAAAAGCAUCCAGAAAAAUUCAGAAAGAAUACUAAAGAUCCCGGUGUGCCAAAGACCUUGCCAUUCUAUGACAAGGUGAUCCAGGAGGCAGAGGCGGCCAAGCAGGCACAGGAGCAGCGGCGCGAAGAAGCCAAGCAACGCCGCAAGGAGCAGAGAGACCAAGCGCUGGCUAAGAAGAGAGACAUGGGGAACAUCAAUGAACUGCUGAGUACCGCUGAAGAACGAGGAGCCAAAUUUGAGGCCAAGCAGGCAGCAGCAACAGGGGAUGACUUACUCAGUGACAGAUCAGCCAAGGCAUAUUACAGGGAGUUCAAGAAGGUGGUGGAGGCUGCAGAUGUUGUUUUGGAGGUGCUGGAUGCCCGUGACCCUGCCGGCUCUAGGGUACAGCAGCUGGAGGCCGCCAUCCAGAGCCAGCCGGGAAAGAAGCUGGUGCUGGUGCUGAACAAGGCUGACCUGGUGCCCCGAGCCAACUUAGAGGCCUGGCUGAAGCACCUACGUCGUGAACACCCAGCCAUCGCCUUCAAGUCCAGUACUCAGAUACAAAACUCUCACCUCGCACAGACCACCGCUAAAAUUAUCAAGUCCUCCACGGAUCUGCUGCAGUCGUCACGUUGCCUGGGAGCAGAUGUGUUGCUGCAGUUGCUGAAGAACUACUGUCGCAACAAGGACAUCAAGACAGCCAUCACAGUGGGGGUUGUGGGGCUCCCUAAUGUGGGAAAGAGCAGCCUCAUAAACAGUCUGAAGCGCAGCAAGUCCUGUGGGGUCGGUGCCACUCCAGGGUUCACUAAGUCCAUGCAGGAGGUUCAUCUUGACUCCAAGAUCAAGUUGUUGGAUUGCCCGGGCAUUGUGCUUCCUGGAGGAGACUCGUCUGAUGCUGCAGCAGCUCUUAGAAAUGCCGUCAAGAUAGAGAACUUGGAGGACCCCAUCACACCUGUUGACGCCAUCCUGCAACGGGCUGACAAGAAACAGCUCAUGAUCUACUAUCAGCUGCCAUCUUUCAAGACUACUGAACAGUUCCUGGCUGUGCUUGCCAAGCGACUUGGGAAACUGAAGAAGAAAGGCAUUCCAAACAGAGACACUGCUGCUCGUAAAGUCUUGUAUGAUUGGAACAUGGGUCUCAUCAAGUACUACACAGAGCCUCCUGUUGCUACCCAGGCUGAAGUUGCCUCAGCAUUAGUCUCAGAACUGAGUCAAGAGUUUGACCUUGAUAGCCUGGCAUCAGAGGAGCGGUCCAUGGUCAAGGCUCUACCGACACACAGACCCUCACAGACCAUGGUGGUGGAGUCACUGGGGCCUGUUACAGAAGUGAGAGACAAAGAAAGAAGGGAAAAUUAUGACAGUUCAGAGAUGGAUGAAGACAGUGAUGAGGAAGAGGAAGAGGAGGAGCAGGAAGAACAGAUAUUGUCAAAGGAGGUCUGUGUCAACAUGGACAGUAGGCCUGACAGCAAAAUGGAAGAUGCCACAACUGAUAAGAAGGAACGCUGGGAGACAGAGCUGCAAGAGUUUGAUCCAUCAAAGAUAUCUCUGAAAAAGUUCCAAAAGAAAAUGCAGAAGAAAGCACGGAAGGAGAACAACCGCAACAAGAAGCGUACAGAUGAGCUCACAACAGCACUGGAGAAUUUCUCAGGGCUAAAGGAACCUUCUGAAGAUUACAAUUUCAAUGAUUAUUUUGACAAAUAAUGUAAAUUUUAUAGAAAUAUAAACUAAGCUAAUACCAA